AGGAAAAAUUGUAAAAUCUAGGAGUCUUGACAGUGUGGACUCUGGAAUAAUUUUGGUGAAUUCUUGUGACAAUGAACCUUCAAGUUUGUUAGUAGAGUUUACGACACUGAAAAGAGCUUUCAAUACAAUCUUUGAUGCUUAUCGGCACAUAAAUGCCUUCUAUGCAGAUCAUAUUUUCAUAGGGUGUUUUUUCAUACUUUUUCUCUUAAUUCAUAUAAUUGUGGAAGGAACCAUUGCUCUGGAAACGAAUGCUUUCUCUGAAGGAGUCACUAACAUUUUUUUACAAGGAUUCUUCACACUAGUGGUGAACACAAUGUUCAUUAUUUUUGUCAUCUUUGAAGUGAGGAGUUACGAAAAUGAGGUGAGAUCAACAGAGGUUUUACUCUUGAAAGCAGCUAGCAAAGAAGAACUGAGUCCAAUUACAGACAAACUAAAGCGGAUGAGGAUGGAAUUGGCUCACUUGGAUACUCAUUUUGAUGUCUUGAGACUUUUCAAUCUCAAUGCAAAUAUACUCAUAAAGUUAUUCAAUUUUGGAAUUCUCAUUUUGAUCACUGGUUUGGAUAUACGGAAAGUUUUGAAAAGUCUUUCUCCAACAGCAUCUUCAAAUUCUACCACAGUGUAAUGGUGUAAUAUUUAAGAGCUUUGAAUAGCCUGCUUUUAUUGUAUUAAUCAUUGAUAAUUAUUACUAAAAGAAAAAAUCUAAGUUUUAUAUUGAUAGUAAUUUCUUAAUCAAUUAUUGAUUAUUUGAAUAUGGAAAGAAAUAGUUACUAUAAAAAAUUUAUCAAUUCAUGUUAGAAAUCAAUGUGCUUAAAUACGGUACUUGGUACCUGAUUCAAAAAUAUGGUAAGGCUAUAAGCUAAUAAAAUUGAAACACAAUGGAUUGAAUAGACCUACAUUAUUGUGAUGUCUAUGGAAAUGAUCUAUCAUGUUAAAUUUACAAUGCUGCACUAAUUCUAUAAACCAUAAGGUUUAAUUUUCUUUUUUAAUUCACUCACAUAAUCUCAGUAAUAUAUGACAGAUUAUACAUUGAAAUUGAAGUAGAAUGAGGAUGUAUUCUUGGAAAAAUGUUCUCUUCCAACAAACGUUCAAAUGAGUUUAAAUUGAAAAGAAGGAUUGAUUUUUUUCUAUAGAAACUAUGCUAUUAUAACUACUAGUAGGUAGCAGGAAGCUUGCUAUUUAGUGCUGUUGUGGUUUUAAUAUUUAUUCAUUCUUUCUUAUGAAUAAACCAGUUUCUCCCGAUUCUCCUGUUUUCUAAUGCAAUCUGCUCAUUUUGUCUGCACCUUGACCUCAUGCAUUACAGAUUUUAAUCGCACUAAAAGCUUUGUAUCCUACAUGCUAGACAAGUAGCUUAUGGAAUAAAUGAGAUUCAGCAA